AGAUGGCAUUUCUUGCACUGCAAGUGUUGAUUGGGAUAUUUAUUUACUUAAGCAGUGUAAAAGGAUCUUCCCAGCCUCAAGCAAGAGUGUUUUUAACAUUCAAUGAGUUGCAAGAAACUAAGACCUCCGAAUAUCACAGAAUAUCCCACAGUCCCCUGGAUUACAGGAUAUUAUUCAUGGAUGAAGAUCAGGAUCGGAUCUAUGUGGGCAGCAAAGAUCAUAUUCUGUCUUUGAAUAUUAAUAAUAUAAGCCAGGACCCUCUCAGUAUUUUCUGGCCAGCUUCAGGAAACAAGGUUGAAGAGUGCAAAAUGGCUGGCAAAGAUCCUACACAUGGCUGUGGAAAUUUUGUGCGUGUGAUCCAGUCGUACAAUCGCACCCACCUGUACGUUUGUGGCAGUGGCGCCUUCAGCCCCGUGUGUGUGUACGUGAACAGAGGGCGCAGGUCUGAGGAACAAAUCUUCAAGAUCGACUCCAAGUGUGAAUCAGGAAAGGGACGCUGUUCUUUCAACCCUAAUGUGAACACGGUGUCUGUCAUGAUCAAUGAAGAGCUUUUUUCAGGGAUGUAUAUUGAUUUCAUGGGUACGGAUGCUGCCAUUUUUCGGAGUCUGACCAGGAGGAAUGCAGUGAGAACUGACCAGCACAACUCCAAGUGGCUGAGUGAGCCUAUUUUUGUGGAUGCUCAUGUUAUCCCAGAUGGCACUGACCCCAACGAUGCCAAAAUCUACUUCUUCUUCAAAGAGAGACUCACAGACAACAGUGGCAGCACAAAGCAAAUUCAUUCAAUGAUUGCAAGAAUAUGCCCAAAUGACACAGGUGGUCAACGUAGUCUUGUGAACAAGUGGACAACAUUUUUGAAAGCAAGACUUGUGUGCUCAGUAAUGGAUGAAGAUGGAACAGAAACGUACUUUGAUGAAUUAGAGGAUGUGUUUCUUUUAGAGACAGAUAACCCCAGAACAACACUUGUGUAUGGAGUUUUUACAACAUCAAGCUCCAUAUUUAAAGGCUCAGCUGUGUGUGUAUAUCAUCUAUCUGACAUACAGACUGUGUUCAAUGGGCCGUUUGCACACAAGGAGGGCCCAAACCACCAGCUGAUUCCAUAUCAGGGCAGAAUUCCGUACCCGCGACCUGGCACUUGUCCAGGAGGAGCCUUCACACCUAAUAUGAGGACAACCAAAGAGUUUCCAGAUGACGUUGUGACCUUCAUCAGAAAUCACCCUUUGAUGUUUAAUCCCAUUUACCCAAUCCACAAGAGGCCGUUAAUCAUCCGGAUAGGAGCCGACUACAAGUAUACAAAGAUUGCUGUGGAUCGAGUGAAUGCUGCUGAUGGAAAAUACCAUGUCUUGUUUCUUGGAACAGAUCAAGGAACCAUACAAAAAGUUGUUGUCCUACCCACCAACUUCUCUGCAAGUGGAGAACUCAUUUUAGAAGAGCUGGAAGUUUUUCAGAGUAGUUCUCCUAUAACAACAAUGAAGAUUUCAUCUAAAAAGCAACAGCUGUACGUGAGCUCAGACGAAGGGGUCACUCAGGUAUCCUUGCAUCGCUGCCACAUUUACGGGACCGCCUGUGCUGACUGCUGCCUGGCCCGAGAUCCUUACUGCGCCUGGGAUGGCAACUCCUGCUCCAGGUUUUAUCCCACAGGGAAAAGGAGGAGUCGUAGGCAAGACGUGAGACAUGGAAACCCUCUGACUCAGUGCCGAGGUUUCAACCUGAAAGCUUACAGAAAUGCUGCAGAAAUAGUUCAGUAUGGAGUGAAAAACAACACCACCUUUCUGGAAUGCACCCCCAAAUCUCCUCAGGCUUCUAUCAAAUGGCUACUACAGAAAGACAAUGACAGAAGGAAAGAGGUCAAGCUGAAUGAAAGGAUCAUAGCUACUGAGCAAGGACUCCUCAUUCGCUCUGUCCAAGACAGUGACCGGGGGCUUUACCACUGCAUUGCAACAGAAAACAACUUCAAGCAGACCUUAGCAAAGAUCAAUUUCAAAGUGUUGGAUUCGGAGAUGGUGGCUGUCAUGACUGACAAGUGGUCCCCUUGGACCUGGGCCAGCUCAGUCCGAGCGCUGCAGUUCCACCCCAAGGACUUUGUGGGAGCUUUCAGCCACUCAGAAAUGCAGAUGAUUAACCAGUAUUGCAAAGACAGUAGAAUACAAGGUCAGCAGAGGGAAGAAUCCCAGAAGAUGAGAGGAGACUACAGCAAACUAAAGGCCCUUAUCAAUAGCAGGAAAAGUAGAAACAGAAGGAAUCAAUUACCUGGUUCUUAAUUUUAUUUUGUAGUAAUAGAUAUCUUUGUCCUCACUGUAGAGGGCUUAUAUUUGUCUGU